GUCCUGGUGGGUCCAAACGCUGCAGCGUUCCGAGAGGUGGUCCCUGCGCAGCAAGGCAGUCAGAUGAGGAAACGGAGGCCCACAGGGGUGACUGUCUUGUCACUUCCAUCUCACAGCCGAGCAGUGUCCAAAGGCAGGAUUCAAACCCAGGAUUCUCUGCUUCCAGUCCAGGUCUCUAGAGCACUGAAUGUCGUGGGGAGAACAGAUUGUAAGACUCAGAGUUAGGAGCCCUGUUUUGCAGAUGGAAACCAGUCUCAGAGAAGUAAAGCCACUUUUUGAGGCGACUCGAGCAAGUGGGUAAGAUGCAGCCCCCACCAUGUGCAGAUCUUUUACUCUCCCCAGCCCUGUGAGGUUCACACUAGCUCCAUUUUGCAGAUGAGGAAACGUGAGCGCAUUAAAGGCAUCAACAAGCCGACAGCGAGAAAGUGGGGUUUGAACUCGCCCCCUGGGUCUGACUUGCCCUCUCUCUCCACAGAGCAUCAUGGGAGGCUUGAAAAGGAAACACCCGGACUUGGAAGAGGAAGAAGAAGAAGAGGCGUGGGGCUGGGGCCCAGCUGGCCCUCGGAGCUAUCAGCAAGCCCUUCUCCGAAUUUCCCUCGACAAGGUCCAACACAGCCCAGGCCCCCGCGCACCCAGCCUCCGCAGACAUGUCCUCAUCCACAACACCCUGCAGCAGCUCCAGGCCGCUCUGCGCCUCACUCCGGCCCCUGCCCUACCCCCAGAGCCCCUCUUCUUGGGGGAAGAGGAUUUCUCCCUGUCAGCCACCAUCGGCUCCAUCCUCAGAGAACUGGAGACUUCCAUGGACGAGGCUGAGUGCCCUCCCAGCCCAGUGGUCCUACCAGGCCCGCAGGCUGAAUCACUGCCCCAGGCUGAUCCUGUCUUCCUGGAGUCCCUGAGUUCCCGGUACCUGGGUGACUCGAAUAACUCUGGCCUGGAUGACUUCUUCCCGGACAUUGACACGUCGGCGGUUGAGAAGGAGCCCCUGGUGGCCCCUCCAGAGGCCCCUCACAACCUCUUCUGUGCCCCAGGAUCCUGGGAGUGGAAUGAACUAGAUCACAUCAUGGAGAUCAUUCUUGGGUCCUAAAACUCUGGGGUGGCGUGGGGGACCUUUCUCAUCUCGGCCUUGGUUGGCUGGCUCCCCGGGUGCUCCUCUGUAUUUGUUGGGAGGGGGGGUGCCAAAGCAUAGGCCAAGCCUCCCUACUCCCCCAAUUUCAGGGUUCCACCAACCAUUUUGCAUGUGUGUGUGUCUGGUGACCCCAGCCUUCCAUGAAGGCGGGUCUUCUGGAAUUAAUUUAUCUCUUCCAAAUGCCUUAACAAGACUGUUUCGGGGGGAGGGGGUAUCUCAUUGCUCCCUCCCCAUAUUUUUCUGCCUUUUCCUCCUCCUGUGACCACUGGGGCCUCAGGGAAGAGAAAUCUGGGCCAGGGUCAGAUGGCCUGACCAUGCCACCUGGUUGCUGUGAAAACCCAGGCUCGGCCUCUUGCACCUCCACAAGAAGGGACAGGGAAGAGGCUGGCCUCCUCCCUACAGACAGAAUCCACCUUCCUGGGCAGGACCUCUGUUCCUAAAACCAGGCCGGAUCACGUGCAAUAGGGUGGAAACCAAACUGUCCCAUGCCGCGCGGUAUUUAACAGAAAAGGCGGGUUUUGUGGUGGCUUUUUUUUUUUUUU